AUGGCGUCUCGGAAAUGCGCAGCUGUGGUCGUGGGCGCUGGCCCGGCCGGCGUCGCAGUCAUGGGAAACUUGCUAGAGCGCCAGAUCGGCACGAUAGCCUGGAUCGAUCCCAGCUUCGAGUCCGGUCGUGUCAACCGGAAAUACCGCGAAGUUCCUAGCAACACCAAAGUAGCCCUCUUCCAGGCCUACGCCACAGCAACACAGCCCUUCAAGACCAUCGUCGAGAACUCAUGUCUCCCAAAUGCAUUCUCAUCCAUGGCCAAACUGGACCAGGAAAAGACCUGCCACCUCCACUACGCCGCCGACAUGGUCCGCGACCUAACAGACGGCCUGAGGAAGAUGGAUUCCGUCUACGCCUACCGCGGCUUCGUCACCGCCGCCAACCUCGUCGAGAAGGUAAAACCACAACACCCGCAUAUCGACACAUCCGAGAAUGCUAACACCGACCCCCAGACCUCAGACAACAAAUGGACCGUCCGUGUAAAACGUCAUGACUCAGAAGAUGAGCUCGAAAUCGAAACUUCCCGCCUCAUUCUCUGCACAGGUUCCCACCCAACCAACAUUCCCGUCCCAAUCCCUGGCCUAGACAUCUUCCGCCUAGACCUCGACACAGUCCUGAAACCCUCCGAACUAGCAGAAACUCUUCCCAAAUCACACCCUUCCACAGUCGCCGUCGUUGGCGCCUCCCACUCCGCCAUCCUAGCAAUCUUAAACCUAGUCACUCUCGCCCGCGAAUCUCAUCCUCACCUCCGCAUCAAAUGGUUCACCCGCCACCCACUCCGCUACGCCGAGUACAUGGACGGCUGGAUCCUGCGCGAUAACACAGGGUUGAAGGGUUCAGCAGCGGACUUUGCGCGUGCGCAGCUUGAAGAUGGCGUAUUGAGUACUUCGCCUGCUGGACAGGUUUUGGACAAGGUUGAUUGUGGUGAGGGCAAGGAGGCCGAGAUGUAUGCCAAGUAUUUGCCGGAGUGUUCGCACAUUGUGUCUGCGGUUGGGUUCACGAGGGAUCCGUUACCGCAGCUUGUUAAGGAUGGGAGGCCGCUUGCUAUGGAGUUUGAUCAUGAGUCUGGGCAGUUCCAUGAGCAGGCUGGUGGGAAAGGCAUCCCCGGGUUGUUUGGUGCUGGAAUUGCUUUCCCGGAGCGAGUUGUUGACCCCUAUGGCAAUGUUGAGUAUGCGGUGGGAUUCUUUAAGUUUAUGAAGUUCUUGAAGAGGGUCACGCCGGCUUGGGGUCCGGCGUAG